UACCCUGGUUCUCUCUGUUCACAGUCAUCCCAAAAAUGUGGCUUUGAUUCGGCCCCGUCAAAGUUCUCGUCAUGAGUACUUUUCGUUUCUUCGAGGAAGAGAGAUAGCCCCUGCUUCUUUAAAAUUCCUAUCCACUUUUCUCAAUCCGUCUUCUCCGAAUUAAUUUAUAACUUCCUCUGCAACUGCAGACACUGUUUCUUCUCUGGAGGCAGAUAUAAUUAAGAAGGAAGAUGGUGAUGAUCAAUGUGAAGGAAACAACGAUGGUGAAACCAGCCGAAGAGACCCCUCGUCGUGGGAUUUGGUUAUCAAACGUGGACUUGGUAGUGUCCAACAUGCACACUCCCACAGUUUAUUUCUACAGGCCAACCGGCCAUGGUUUCUUCGACUCCACCAUUCUCAAGGAAGCACUCAGCAGAACUCUCGUCCAUUUCUACCCUAUAGCAGGUCGCUACCGGCGCAAUGAUAGCGGCCGAAUUGAGAUCCACUGUAAUGGUGAGGGCGUUCUCUUUGUAGAGGCCGAGACCAGCUCUUGCAUUGAUGAUUUUGGAGAUUUCACACCUCUUAACCUCCGCAAGCUUAUUCCCACCGUUAAUUACUCUGCUGGCAUCAAUUCCUUUCCCUUCUUGGUGGCUCAGAUCACAUAUUUUAAAUGUGGAGGUGUGUCACUGGGUGUAGGUUUACACCAUUAUGUGGUAGACGGAGUUUCUGGCCUCCAUUUUGUGAACACUUGGUCUGAUAUAACUCGAGGACUUGACGUCAAAUUUCCACCAUUCUUUGACAGGACAUUGCUUCGAGGUCGAGACCCACCUCGGCCUACGUUUGACCACAUCGAAUUCCGACCUCCUCCAUCACUGAAGAUCAGCUCAAACUCUACCCAAUCUGGUCUUCAUGAUCAGAACACAUCAAUCUCUACCCUCAAAAUAAACCCAAACCAGCUAAAUGUACUAAGAACCAAGUUUAUGGAGGAUGGGAAAAGUACAGUAACAUAUAGCACGUACGAGAUAUUGUCAGCUCAUAUUUGGAAAUGCACGUGCAUGGCACGUGAACUCCUUGAUGAUCAAGAAACCAAGCUACAUAUUGCCACGGAUGUUAGGACCAGAUUGGAUCCACCACUCCCUCAUGGUUACUUUGGAAACGGGAUUUUAAUAACCACACCAAUUGCAUUGGCCGGUGAGCUCCGAUCGGAACCGACCCGAUCCGCCGCGAAUCGGAUUCGCGAUGCUUUGAAACGGUGUGACAAUGAGUAUGUGCGAUCGGCAAUUGACUAUUUAGAGCUGCAAAAUGACCUAUCAGCCCUUGCUCGUGGGCCUAAUACUUUCAAGUGUCCAAAUCUUGCGAUUACCAGUUGGGUAAGGUUGCCGAUCCACGAGGCUGAUUUUGGGUGGGGUAGGCCCUUUUACAUGGGCCCUGGUAGGAUUGCAUUUGAAGGCCUAGUUUACAUUCUGCCAAGCCCAACUAAUGAUAGAAGCUUGUCUGUGGUUCUUGCUUUGCAAUCUCAACAUAUGAAACCUUUCGAGAAGUUGUUCUACGACAAAAUGAUAGAAUAAGAAAACCGUGUCCACGCGGCUUUAUAAUUUGUUAAAAAUCGUUUAGGAAAAUUCGUCAAUUAAGAUAAUGGUAGUGGUUGAAUGAUUAAUGUUGUCAUAAAUUUGCAAUAUCUUUUAGUACAAUUUGUUAAUCGGUUGCGUUGAAGAAUUGAUAAAAUAUAAUAUCACAUUAUUUUGCGUUGGAAAA